UUAUUAGUCAUUGGCAACCCUACCAAUAUCGAAUUUGACUACUCACUGUUUUAUUUUGUUAAUUGUAAUAUUUUAACAGAAUUUUUCAAAUUUGUGUUCUAUUCUAAACCAAUACUAAUAAAGAUGUUCCUUACUCGUUCUGAAUACGAUCGUGGCGUGAACACCUUCAGCCCGGAAGGAAGGUUGUUCCAAGUGGAGUAUGCCAUUGAAGCGAUCAAGUUGGGCUCUACAGCGAUAGGAAUUUGUACGUCGGAGGGAGUCGUGUUGGCUGUUGAAAAGAGAAUCACGUCUCCUUUGAUGGAGUCGACCACUAUUGAGAAAAUCGUAGAAGUAGAUCGACAUAUUGCCUGUGCCGUAUCAGGAUUGAUGGCCGAUUCCAGAACAUUAGUGGAACGUGCAAGGGUUGAAUGCCAGAACCACUGGUUUGUGUACAAUGAGCGCAUGAGUGUGGAGUCGUGUGCUCAGGCCGUAUCCAAUCUGGCAAUUCAAUUUGGUGAUAGUGACGAUGAUAGUGGUACUGCUAUGUCCCGGCCAUUUGGUGUUGCGGUUAUGUUUGCAGGUAUAGAUGAGAAAGGACCUCAGUUAUUCCACAUGGACCCCAGUGGUACAUUUGUACAGUAUGAUGCUAAGGCUAUUGGUUCAGGCAGUGAAGGUGCACAGCAAAGUUUAAAGGAAGUAUAUCAUAAGUCUAUGACACUGAAAGAAGCUAUUAAGUCAGCUCUUACAAUAUUGAAACAAGUAAUGGAGGAGAAAUUGUCAGAGAACAAUGUGGAGGUAGUCACCAUGACCCCUGGCUCGAUGUUCCACAUGUUCACCAGGGAGCAGCUUGCCGAGGUUAUUAAGGACAUCCCUUGAGUUAGCAUAAUUCUACACCAUUGAUGGAUGGCAUUCACCUAUAGUCUAUUUUUUCGUACUUGAUAUGUUUAAUAAAUAAUCAUGAUAUGUCUUGUUAAAUAGUUAUUUAAAAAUAAAAUAUAUGAAUGCAUAUUCAAUUAUAUAUAUCCUCAGGUUGCCUAAAAGAGUUUGCUAUUUAGUAAUAAGGCCACCUAUUGUUACAUCUUUGUCUUGCGCAUUACAAUAAUAUGUGUUUAAUGUUUUUAUAUAUGCUUUAUACCAAUACUGAAUAGAAAAGAUGGAUUAUUUUAUGAGGAAUUCUUUCACUGUUUUCGUUCCAUAGUGAGAGUCUAUAUAUUAUGUUAAUAUGUAUACAAAAUGAGU